AUGAAGGACGCAACCAGUCGGACUGGACAUUGCGAAAAUCAUGGUUCGCCAUGCCAGCGUGUCAGUUUCAGGAAAUCUCGCACACCGGCUACGUCGUUGGUAUCGAAGAUCGUUGGGAAGCUCCGCUUUCCCACACGGCCUUGGUAUGUCAAAUCGCAAUCACGAAAAGCGAAGGGGAAACGCCCGGUGAGGGAAGCCCGGUUGGAGCCAUCCUUCAGCAAGAUUCUCAACACGUCUGCGGCAGGUACUUGGGGGCUAUUGAAGUGA